UCGUACGAUUGUUUGUAAUUUUCCGGCUACUACGUUUUGACGUAUCUUCGUACGUAUCCGUACGAUUGUGCUCCGCGAAAAUUGACGUUUUGCAAGUUUCCCCCGACGUGACCGCGGACGGCUAGUGGCCGACGACGACGAUGGCAGAUCCCGGCGGCUGGGCACCGGCCCAGGAAAAUGACUUUUCCAGUUUUCAGUCGGGUGACAGCUUUAAUUUGAACGAAGUCACGGGCAUCGACGAUCUUCUUACGAAUUGCGAGAAUGAGUUGCUAAAGAAUGAGCUCUUUAGCGAUGAGGCACUGCUCUCUGAACUGGAGGAGCCGAUGCCAGUGGACAGGGACACAUUUGACUUCCUGAAUCUCAAUAAUAAUGAAUUCAAGGAUUUUAAAGACUUUAAGGAUCCAUCAAUCCUCGAGCCACCGACGAAUACAAAUAACGUUAUGGUGACACAACCGACGGAUGGCAGUCAACCACCUGUCUACGUGCAGCAGCAAGACAUUGCAUCGGCAGUGUCGCAAAGCAACAACAGGCAGCCUCAGCAGAGAAUAGUUGCCUCGGCGAAUCCCACGGUAUUCAGCUCGCAGUACGCGAUACCACAGAACACCGUCAACUUCAACGUACAGUCGCCAAACGUCGUGACUCUUGCUCCGGUCGCGCAACAGCGACAGUUACUUUUGCCAGCGAAAUUAAUAAAAUCAGAGUCACUUGUGUACGCGAAGGGUGGACAGACCAUCACAUCGACUUCUGUUCCACAUCAGAUACACACUCUCGUAAACACCACAAGUGGGACGGUGUUGACCACUGGAAUUCCUGUGGUGCUGGAUACUGACAAGGUACAAAUUAAUCGUCUGAACACAGGCGCGCACGUUGGCGUACCGAGGGUAAGGGAGGUGAAACGCAGCGCUCACAAUGCUAUCGAGCGUCGCUAUAGGACAUCGAUCAACGACAAAAUAAUCGAGCUGAAGAAUAUCAUAGUCGGAGUCGACGCCAAGUUGAACAAGUCGGCUAUCUUACGAAAGACCAUCGACUACAUUAGGUAUCUGCAGAACACCAAUGCGAAAUUGAAGGCAGAGAACAUGGCGUUGAAGAUGGCCGCGCAACGGCAAAAUCUUCGCGAUUUGCUGGUGUGUGGCGAGCUGACACCUCCGCGCUCCGAUUCAAGCGAACCGUCUCUAUCGCCCGCACCUGCGCCACUGUCACCGCCAUCCCCGUCGUCGAUGAAGGAUGAUUCGACGGACGCACUACACAAUCUGCACCCAGUCGCCACUUCGUCCACUGGUGGGAUGAGAGACCACACUCGGCUGACGUUGUGCGGAUUCAUGUUGUUAUUCCUGGCGUUCAAUCCUCUUGGUAUCCUUGUAAACAACAUUGGCAGAUUCAAUUACGAUUACGUGAACACGAAAUUGGACGGACGGACGAUACUCAAUUAUCAAGAUCAGCUAGAAUCGGACAAACAAGUAUGGAGCAACGUUAUUCUCUGGUUUACCAACCUGAUACUUUUGGCGGUCGGUUUGUGUAGGCUGUUACUAUAUGGAGAUCCAGUUUUACCUACCGACAGCAAGAUCUUCCUCGAGAUACGUCGCUGGAGACGGCAGGCCGAGUUUAACAUAUCCAAGCACGAAUGUAACCAAGCUUAUCGCGAUUUGCACCAAUGUUUGCAGUACUUCGGCCGGUCCUUCCCGCUGUCGCGCACGGAGAUAUUUCUUGCUACCACGUGGCAAAUAGUACGGCAGACUCUUCACAAGUUGUGGCUGGGCAGAUGGGUCAUGCAGAUUAGCAAAUGGCUGUCAGAGAAGUCGGAACGGCAGCAGGCGGAAACGUGCGCCGUAGAGCUUGCGAUCGUUUAUCAGCACAUGCUCUGUCUCCGCAUGUCCGAAGGAACAAAGGAUUCGACCUUGUAUCUCGCUCUUUGCGCCAUCAAUUACGCGGAGGCUGCCGGUGAGAGUGUGCCGAAGCCGCUCCUGGCGGAGAUUUACGUGAACGUCGCCCUUUGCUUGAAGCAAUCCUUUUUUCCGUAUAUACAUAAAUAUUAUCUGGGCAAGGCGCGUGCCUUACUCUCCUCAUGCGCCGUUCCUCCGAAACUGAAAUGGAUCAUGACCGAUGAAGGCGCGAAAUUCUUGGCGUCGCAGAAGUGGCAGUACAAGAGGCAGUCUGAUAGCGAAUUCACGUCGCAGAGCAGUCGAGCAGAUCCGCUAUCAUACGCAGCUCGCGCGUAUAGGGAUCAUCUGAUCGAGCAGUGUCUACGUUUGUUAACCGGCACGGUCGGGGAAUGUCACGCGUCUUCCGUACUCGAAUUGGGACGGACGAUCAUGGCAUCCGCGGAGGUGGAAGCCUGUUUCCCAUGUGCUGAUAAGAUCAACGUAGCAACGUGCGAAGAUGAGAUUGGAUUAUGGUGGGGAGCGGUGAUCUGCGCUGCCGCGAGUUGGAGAUUGGGGGAGGAGGACACAAACGCAUGGAGCAUUGUGGAGAAUAAAUUCCCGUACGACAGAAACUUCCAAGUUAGCGACAGCAAUAGCAGUAACAGCCCAUUACCUCAUGCUGUACUCAGUGUUCUUCAGGUGGCAAAACAUCCUACGAAAAUAGUUUCUAUGCGUUUCCUCGAUCAAGCAGGUCUGCUGCUUGAGCAGUCCAUGGUGUACUAUCAUUGCAAGGAGCAGUCGUCGCAGCAAGUCUUGCUUACCCAAUUACUGGUUUGUGACUGGCUCCUCGAGUUACGCACGAUUCUUUGGCAAGAGGUGGACGCAGAGCCGGAGAGAUCGGUCGCGAGCGUGUCUCUUGCUGGAUUCCAGCGUGAUUUAGCAUGCUUGAGACAAUUGUGUCAGCACAUCCCCUCUGUAUUGGCUCGAGUGUUUUUGUACGAAGCUACGGCGCGCAUCAUGGCCGGAGCGACGCCGGUGAAGACUCAAAUCUUACUGGAUCGAAGUCUACAUCACAGAAACUCGCGCUCUUCGAUCAUAUGCGGAAAGGAUCGGUCGCAGGAGCAGAACAACAGCGAGAGGGAGCAUGCGGUCGCUUUGUGUCUGGCAUGCAGACAUCUACCGGCGUUGCUGUUAGCCUCACCGGGCGAACGCGCCGGGAUGCUCGCGGAGGCUGCCAAGACGCUCGAGCGAAUAGGAGACAGGAAACGCCUUCAAGAAUGCUACAAACUGAUGCGGCAGCUGGGUUCCGCAAUCACUGUUAAUUAACGCGAUUGCUCGACAUAUUUUUGCAUCUAUAUUACGUAGAUGUUAUUAAUUCUUUUGGUAUAAAACAGUGCAAUGAAGAAACAUAGUCAGAAAAAAAGAGUUUUUUCUAUUUUUGGCAUAUAUGCAACAGGCUAAAAUGAACUUUUUUUCUGGGCGCUAACUCAAAGGGUUAAAUUACAUAUACUUACUUAAGUUAUUGAGUUACAUAUAUUCAUUUAUAACAGGUGGAUUUAGACGCAACUUUUGUUCUAUUUUACAAUGAAAUCUUCCACUAAAUCGUUAAAUUUUACUUUAUUUACUUUUUUGCAUCAUAUAUUACAUUGCUUCUAAAACAGUUAUUUUAGUUACUGUGUCUAGUUCGUGACACAAACAUUAAAGGGAGAAUUGUGUGGGCACAAAAAAGAGAUCCUUCUUCUCAAUCUUUAGCCUUUUGUCAGAAGCGUGCUGAUUUUUCUGCACGUUUCUGUUGUGUGCGCUUUUUAACAUUUUACAGAUAUGAAACCUACAGUUUAACGUCAAUUCCAAACGGCCAAAUUAGAGGAUUCUCAUGACAAGAUCUCUCGAUGGUUUGUCAUUGCCUUGCAAGAUGAAUAAUUGACAAAUUGAAUUAAAAGUUGCAUCUAAAUUCCACAUCUCAUUGUAUAUAGGGCAUUUAACUUAUACAGGAUAAACAUUGUAUAUUGUACCUUAUAUAUUGUGUUUUUAUUUUGUAAUUAUUCCUCGUAUUCUUGUUAUGAAAUAGAUUUUGUUUAGGUAUAUAAUGCUACUCAAUUACUUAUUUAGAGACUAUUUAAUUUAAUUAUAUAUUUAAUUACCUAUGCAAUUAGGUAUAAUUAAUUAAAACAUGUGUUUAAUUACCUAUGUAAUUAGGUAUAAUUUAUAUAUCUUUUUAUUGUAAUAAAUGACAUGUAACGAUAAUGUAAGGAAAUCAGUUGACUUUAUAAAUAGUUAUAGAAAUUUCAAAA